GCCUGCCACUGCAUACGGCUACUACCACCGCGAACCCAACCAUCUCUAUCCAUCUCACAAGCUCCUAGUCGCCAUGGCCGUGAACGACACCAAGCUGGUCGCCGUGGCCGACGCCGAGAACCCGGCUGUGGUGUGCGGUGACGUCGACGAGUCCGAGUCGUCCAUCGACUUCACGGGGCGCGCAAACUGGCUGCGCGCGGCGGUGCUGGGUGCCAACGACGGACUGGUCUCCACGGCCUCCCUCAUGCUCGGCGUCAGCGCCGUCAAGCCCGAGGCGCGGGCCAUGGUCGUGUCCGGGUUCGCGGGCCUCCUGGCGGGGGCGUGCAGCAUGGCCAUUGGAGAGUACGUGUCCGUCUGCUCCCAGCGCGACGUGGAGAUCGCGGAGCUGGACCAGGCCGGAAAGCGUGGCGGCGACGAGGAGAAGGCACUGCCAAGCCCGGCACAGGCCGCCGCGGCCUCAGCGCUGGCUUUCUCUGUCGGGGCGCUCCUACCGCUGCUGGUUGCCGGGUUCAUCGUGGGCUACAACCUGCGGGUCGCCGUGGUGGUCGUCGUGGCGACGUUGGCGCUGGCCGCGUUCGGAUGCGUGGGCGCCGUGCUCGGCCGGGCCCCCGUGGCGAGGUCGUGCGCGCGGGUGGUGGUGGGCGGGCUGGCCGCCAUGGCCGUCACCUUUGGGUUCAUGAGGCUCUUCCGAGCCAGCGGCGUAUGAGAGCUGCUGACAAGGCCUUAGUCAUGUACGGUCAUGGCCAUAGUCUUCUCGGAAUAAAAUACACUGCCACCGUACUUGUACCUACAGCUCACUUAUUUUGACCUCUGCAGUGUACUGUAUCCAUAACUAAUAAUAAUAAUAAUGAAGUCCGAAGAGUUUCUUCGGGGUUUUCUCACGGUAAUACGCGUCCUAUUUAUUAUAUCAUAAUGAUUCAGUAUAAGCGAUCGUACAAUACAGCAAAACAACAGUUAUUGCACGAAGGAAGGUAAGUCAAAAACUCAAAUUACAAGCAAGACCAAAGAUAUCUCUAAUUUGACACCAAUGCCCGUCGCCUGCUUCGUCACCUGCU